AUGGCGGACUACGAAGACCAGAAGUACGAUGUAAAUGGCUACUACGGCGAGAAUGGAGAGGACGGAGAAGGCGAUUACGAGCAGGAAGACAUCACAUCCGAAGACUGUUGGAAGGUCAUCAAUUCCUUCUUCGACACAAAAAACUUGGCUUCCUUACAGAUUGACUCUUUCAACCACUUUAUGCGAGCGUCCAUGCAAGAUCUAGUCAACGAGAAAGGUGGCAUAAUACUCGAUCAUGCACAGAACAUUGAAGAAUCGGAUCCCAAUCCCAUCGUAAUCAAGCGACAUGAAGUCAAAUUCGGAAAAGUCACAUUGAGCAAGCCCAACAUGGUCGAAGGCGAUGGUGUGACUACAGAUUGCAUGCCUCAUGAAGCAAGACUUCGAAGUUUGACCUAUGCCAGUCCUGCUUUUGUCAAGAUGACUAGAAGAACAUAUCUCGCCAAAGAGCAUCCUUGGGAUGACCAGACCGAUGACAUGGGAGUGGUCAAGGAUGAUGGAAGUACACUCUACUGGAGAGAAAGCUCUGAGGAGGACGACUUUGACGCCGAGCGGGAAGUCUACAUUGGCAAGAUCCCUAUCAUGGUCAGAAGUAUGACCUGCCAUCUUAUGAGUGAGAAGUUCCAGAGCGAAAAGGAUUUGUUUGCAUGGGGCGAGUGCCCUUACGACUCGGGUGGCUAUUUCAUUAUUAAUGGUAGCGAGAAAGUUCUCAUCGCCCAAGAGAGAAGUGCUGGCAACAUAGUCCAGGUGUUCCAGAAGGCCUUACCGUCUCCCUUUACUCACCUCGCAGAAAUUCGAUCUGUCAUCGACCGAGGAGCUCGAAUGAUGUCUCAAGCCACAGUGAAACUUUUCCGUCGACAGGAUGGUCCCGAUGGCACCAAGAUUGACAAUCCCAUCCGAGUCCAACUUCCUUACGUCAAACAAGAUAUUCCCCUUGUCAUCGUUUUCCGUGCUCUUGACAUCGUUUCAGAUGCAGAUAUUUUGGAGAAGAUCUGCUUCGAUCAGAGCGAUAAGGAGAUGAUUGAUAUGCUGAUGGGAUCUUUGCAGGAAGGUCAACCCAUCCAAGGUGCUGAACUUGCAAGAGACUACAUCGCUCGACGAGGAAAUGUACCAACUUUGAAGAGUCAUGAACGUCAAAAGCAUGCUAUGGACAUCUUGACGAAAGAAUUUCUUCCACACAUUGGUCAAAACAGUGAUGCCACCGCCCGAAAGGCUUUCUUCCUGGGAUAUAUGGUCAACAGAUUAUUGAAAGCUGCGCUAGGACGUGCAGAGCCCGAUGAUCGAGAUCAUUUGGGAAAGAAGAGAAUUGAUCUUGCUGGUCCUUUGAUGACCAAUCUUUUCCGACAGCAAUUUGAUAAAGCCACCAAAGAUUUCUACCGCUACAUGCAGAAACGUGUUGAAGCUGGCCAACCAAUAAACAUCAUGGCUGGCUUCAAGCAUCCAAUCGUCACCCAGGGUUUGAAAUACUCGCUUGCCACCGGCAACUGGGGAGAUCAGAAGAAGUUGGACAAAGCAAAAGCUGGUGUGUCACAGGUCUUGAACAGAUAUACAUUUGCGUCGACCUUGUCACAUCUUCGAAGAACGAACGCUCCAAUUGGUCGAGAAGGAAAAAUUGCAAAGCCACGACAACUGCAUAAUACACACUGGGGCUACGUGUGUCCGGCAGAGACCCCCGAAGGUCAAGCUUGUGGUCUGGUCAAAAAUCUGUCUCUGAUGUCAAUGGUCACCAAUUCUUACGAGACUCAACCCCUGCUCAAAUAUAUCAUGCAAAAGGCUGUCGAACCCCUGGAAGAUUGGGAGCCUCGCCUCAAUCCACAAGCAACCAAAGUUUUCGUGGAUGGUGUAUGGUACGGUGUGAUCCUUCGAGAGCCCAAACACUUGGUUGAUGAUCUCCGCAAACUUCGACGUAAGGGCAUUUUUGAUCCGCAUGUCAGUCUUAUUUGGGACAUUCGAGACAAGGAAUUCAAAGUCUCGGGUGAUGCUGGAAGACUCGUGCGACCUUUGUUUGUUGUUGAAAACGAUCCUUCAUCUGACAACCGGGGUAACUUGGUACUCAACAAGGAGCAUAUUUCCAAACUCGACAAUACCACAUAUUUGCGAGAAGGUGGUUACAAAUUCAACGACGAAGUGAAACCGUAUGGUUGGGCAGAUCUUCUUUCCGCCGGCGUCAUUGAAUAUAUGGAUGCCGAGGAAGAAGAAACUGCCAUGAUUAUUAUGACACCUGAAGCUCUGGCAGAUUCCAAGGCUAGAUCAUUGGGAAUGGUGAUCGAGCAAGAAACCGACCCGCUCAGACGAAACGACCCCCUACUGAACCCAUAUUCACAUACCUUUACUCAUUGCGAACUUCAUCCAAGCAUGAUUUUGGGAGUAUGCGCAAGCAUCAUUCCAUUCCCUGAUCAUAAUCAGUCGCCUCGUAACACCUACCAAUCUGCUAUGGGUAAGCAAGCAAUGGGCAUCUUCCUUACCAACUUUGACCAACGCAUGGAGACCAUGGCCAACAUUCUCUACUAUCCUCAAAAGCCCCUUGCGAGAACCAUGGCAAUGGAUUAUCUCAAAUUCAGAGAACUUCCAGCUGGUCAAAAUGCCAUUGUCGCAAUUGCCUGCUACUCUGGCUACAACCAAGAAGAUUCUGUCAUCAUGAACCAGAGCUCUAUUGAUCGCGGACUUUUCCGAUCAUUAUUCUACCGUGCUUACUCGGACCAAGAGAAGGCCAUUGGACAUUCAACUAUGGAGAAGUUUGAGAAACCGAAUCGAGCCGAUACCCUUCGAAUGAAGCAGGGUACCUACGACAAACUUGAUGAAGACGGCCUUGUUGAACCUGGCACCCGGUUACGUGGUGAGGACAUUAUUAUGGGCAAGACUGCACCCAUGGCACCCGACGCGGAAGAACUUGGUCAACGACAGAAGCAACACAUCAAGCGAGAUGUAUCAACUCCUCUCAGAUCAACAGAAUCUGGAGUCGUUGAUCAAGUCAUGUUGACAACCACUGCCGAAGGUAAUCGAUUCACCAAAGUGCGUGUCAGAACCACCAAAGUUCCUCAAAUUGGAGAUAAAUUUGCAUCUCGCCACGGUCAAAAGGGUACUAUUGGCAUAACAUAUCGUCAUGAAGACAUGCCUUUUACAAGAGAAGGUGUUGUCCCGGACAUCAUCAUCAAUCCUCAUGCCAUUCCUUCGCGAAUGACAAUUGCUCAUUUGAUUGAAUGUCAACUGUCCAAAGUCGCAUCUUUACGUGGAGACGAAGGUGAUGCAACACCAUUUACCAAGGUCACAGUGACUCAAGUGUCAGAUCUCCUCAGACGAAUGGGUUACCACUCUCGUGGGUUUGAGGUCAUGUACAAUGGUCACACAGGCAGAAAACUCGUCGCUCAAGUCUUCCUUGGCCCGACAUAUUACCAGAGACUUCGUCAUAUGGUGGACGACAAGAUCCACUCUCGCGCUCGUGGUCCUGUUCAAAUUCUUACCAGACAGCCGGUCGAAGGUCGUGCCCGUAAUGGUGGUUUGCGGUUCGGUGAAAUGGAACGUGAUUGCAUGAUUGCUCAUGGAGCAAGUUCAUUCCUAAAGGAAAGACUUUUCGAUGUUUCAGAUCCGUUCAGAGUUCACGUCUGCGACAUUUGUGGGUUGAUGACAGUUAUUGCUAAAUUGAAGAAGAACAUUUUCGAGUGCAAGAAUUGCAACAACAAGAACAAGAUCAGUCAAAUCCACCUGCCUUAUGCAGCGAAAUUGCUGUUCCAGGAACUGUGGAGCAUGAACAUUGCAGCCAGACUGUACACAAAGCGAAGUCGUUAG